GGGUAAAAGCUGUUAAUUUCUCUAUAGAAGUCUAUGGGGUUUUGACUUUUUGGUACUUCCUGUUUGGAACAUGAGGAGGGAGGAGUCACUCAGUCCAGUUCUUUAAUACAGUCUGGGUACACCCUGAACAGAUCACACACCUAUAGGGAAAAUAGAGUUAACAAUUAACCUAUCUUAAAUAAUUUUCUUUUCUUUUUUUUUUUAAAUAAAAAUAAAAAAGAGCCAAAUUCAUUUAUUCUUCUCAUUGCUGACACUCAUUUUAGUGUAAUUUUCAGUUUCUCCAUUGGUGUUAAUGAGAUUAAUGAGAACAAAUGUCUUGUUUUAUGGCCAAUUAAGAAGCAAUUAGGAAGUCAGAAAAUGGUAAUAAAAUCCACGCUUUUGCUUGAUUUUUUUAAACAUCACUGUCUCAUAUAGGAGCAUAUUGUUGUGUAUGAUCCUGUAAAGAUAGAGAUGCCAAAGAUUUAAGUGUUGCAUUCUUGUUAAAUGUAUGCUGAUGAAAAAUACCACGUGGCUCUGCGGGGAUAAAUAAAGCCAAACUAGAUGCUUCUGCUGCUCCUCUGUUGCCUGGUGAGCGUGAACGCGCCAGCAUCCACGGGCUGCUGCUGAUGAGAGCGCCGCCGUGCACGCGCCGGGCUGUGUGAUUGUGGUGGUGUUAGUGGUUGGGGUGUUUGCAUGUGUGGGAGCAGGAGGGGAGACUCUGCAGUGUCUUGGCAGCUGCAUUAGUGCAUCUCCCACCACGAUGCCUCCACGGCCGAUGCUCGCCUCCUCCGCGCUCACUUGACAGCAGCAACCGGUCGGGAAACUGAGCCGGACGUUCACACUCCUCCCCCCGGAGACAGCCGACAGCAUCCACGCACCGACAAGCAGCGACGGGGAUUUUUUUUAAUGGAAAAUGGCGAUAGGCGAAAGGUCUCGCAGCAUCGUCUGCUUGGUAUCUAUCCAGAUGAUCUUGAUUUUCAGCGCAUCGUGGCCUGGAGCGCAGAGUCUCACCUUCCCCCAGCAAUACACGAUAAUGCACUGGGCCAGACGCAUCGAGCAGGAGAUUGACAGAGUCUUUCAGCACAUCACUGGAGCUCAGCAGCUGAAAGGGAUAUAUAACGAAGAAAGGCGACGGUUCAGUCUGGUGAAGAAUCAGCCUCGGAGAAUUGUGGAGAAAGUGGCCUUGGAUAUAGAAAGACUUCUGGCUAAGAAGCGUAAAGCUCUCGAGCGGUUGGCCAGUGAAGCUGAGAGGCUUCAGCGAGAGCAUCUGUGGCAAGAUGGAAUCAAGGAGCUGGACAUGGCGUACUAUGACUCCAAAGCAGAGCUGGACUAUUAUUCCAUGGAUGGUGAAGGAGAGGUGGAAAACCCCUCCCACAUCAAGCUGGAGUUUGUGUAUGACCCAAACUUCAAAAACAAUGUCAACUACUCCUACACAGCAGUUCAGAUUCCCACAGAUAUCUACAAAGGAGCUCCAGUUAUUCUGAAUGAGCUGAACUGGACACAGGCUCUGGAAAAGGUCUUCAUGGAGAACAGUCGUGAGGAUCCAUCUCUCCUCUGGCAGGCAUUCGGGAGUGCGACAGGUGUCACUCGCUACUAUCCAGCAACACCUUGGAAAACGCCUGAUAAAAUUGACCUGUAUGACGUCAGAAGGAGACCCUGGUACAUCCAAGGAGCUUCGUCCCCCAAAGACAUGGUCAUCCUUGUUGAUGUAAGCGGCAGCGUCAGUGGCCUCACACUCAAGCUGAUCAAAGCCUCGGUGAUGGAAAUGCUGGACACUUUAUCUGAUGACGACUACGUGAACGUGGCCCGGUUCAAUGAGAAGGCUGAGGCCGUGGUUCCGUGCUUCAAACACCUCGUUCAGGCAAAUGUCCGCAACAAAAAGAUUUUCAAGGAAGCUGUGCAGCAGAUGCAGGCUAAAGGAACCACGGACUACAAGUCGGGAUUUCAUUUUGCUUUUAACCAGCUCUUGAAUAAAACAAAUGUUCCACGAGCAAACUGCAAUAAAAUUAUCAUGCUGUUCACGGACGGCGGGGAGGACAGAGCUCAGGAUGUCUUCAUGCAAUACAACUGGCCCAACAAAACUGUUCGAGUGUUUACCUUCUCUGUGGGUCAACAUAACUACGAUGUCACGCCAUUGCAGUGGAUUGCCUGUGCAAACAAAGGUUACUAUUUUGAGAUCCGUUCCAUCUGUGCCAUAAGGAUUAACACGCAGGAGUACCUCGAUGUUUUAGGGCGCCCCAUGGUGCUGGCGGGCAGCGAGGCCAAGCAGGUUCAGUGGACUAAUGUGUAUCAGGAUGCUUUGGGCCUGGGAAUGGUGGUCACUGGAACUUUGCCGGUAUUCAAUCUCACUAUGAAUGGAAACUCAAAGAAUCAGCUGAUUUUGGGCGUGAUGGGAGUUGACGUCCAUCUUGAUGAGAUCAAAAGACUUACACCACGUUACAGCCUCGGGGCCAAUGGAUACAUCUUUGCUAUUGAUCCAAAUGGAUAUUUGCUACUUCAUCCCAACCUUCAGCCAAAGCUUGUCAACCUGCCUGAACCUGUAACACUAGACUUCCUGGAUGCAGAGGUAGAAGACAGUAAUAAAGAGGAGAUCCGUCGGCAAAUGAUUGAUGGAAGACCAGGUGAAAUGCAAGUCAAGACUCUCAUCAAGUCUAUAGACGAGCAGUACAUGGAUGAGGUAUACAGAGGUUACACCUGGACUCCUAUCAACGGCACAGAUUACAGUCUGGGUCUGGUAUUACCGCUCUACAAUGAGUACUACAUCCAGGCGGAUCUGAGCGAUGUGAUGCUGCAGCUCCAGUGUGAGUACAGGGAGAUUGUUUUAUAUGAAGAUGCCAACAGGUGUCAAAUCUGCAUCAACCCCUCUGUCUCUGCGUUUCUAGAUAUGCAGUCGCUGCUGCCCAGCUCCUUUGAAUCAUCAGGACAUGUGUUUCUGGCUCCAAGGGAAUACUGCAAACGCCUGCAGCUUUCUGAUAAUAAUACACAGUUCUUGCAGAACUUCCUGUCUCUCAUGCUGGACAUCUCCCCAGAGUCUGACGAAUGUGAUCAAGGCCUCAUCUACAACCUGAUCCUGGACUCCAGAAUUAUCGGGCAGCUGGCGUCUCGCGUUUGGAAGAACAAAGACCUGAAUUCGUAUGGUUUCUUGGCUGUAUUUGCAUCCACAGAUGGAGGAAUAACAAGAGUCUUUCCCAACAUAGCUGCGGAAUUGUGGGACGAAGAUCCCGAACCUUUCAAUUCCAACUUCUACAGGCGAAGCCUCGACAAUAAAGGCUACAUGUUCAGACCCCCCCCCAGAUCUGCUGCCGAUGACUCCAUCGGAGUGGAAAAUGGAACCAUUGGAAUUCUGGUCAGCUCAGCUGUUGAUGUCAACAUUGGUGGCAAACUGCUCAAACCAGCAGUGGUGGGAGUAAAACUGGACCUUGAGGCGUGGGUGGACAAGUUUAAAAUCUUGGCCAGCAACGUGUCUGACAGUCGGCAGGGUACACACAAGUGUGGACCAUCCAGGAGCUGUGAGAUGGACUGUGAAGUGAACACGGAUGACCUUCUGUGCUAUCUCAUUGAUGAUGGAGGCUUCCUGGUUAUGUCCAAUCAGAGGGAUCACUGGAAAAAGAUUGGUCUCUUUUUUGGCGAUGUGGACCCCAACCUGAUGCACGCGCUCUACAACAACUCCAUCUUUGCUCGCCGACAGACCUUCCAGUACCAGUCUGCGUGCGAGCCGGUCAGCAGCAGCCACACCGGAGCGGCGCCGCGAGGCAUCUUUGUGCCGUCUGUUGCUGAUUUGUUGAGCCUGGCGUGGUGGACUUCCUCUGUGGCAUGGUCUGUCGUCCAGCAGCUUCUUUAUGGUCUAGUCCACAACAGCUGGCUCUACCAAGAUGUCCUCGUUGAAAGCUUCGAGACUAAAGAAAGCAGCUGUGUGACCAUCCAAAGCCAGUUCUACUUCACAAACACCACAAACUCCUACAACGUGCUGCAGGAUUGUGGGAAUUGCUCCAGGCUCUUCCACGCAAAGCGCAUCGAAAACACCAACCUGCUUUUCGUGGUGGCUGAGACGCUGUCCUGCAGCUCCUGUGAGAUAGAGAGGCUGACCCAGGUCAGGACAGAGUUUCAGGAGGAGAAUCCAUGUGAAGUACUGAGCAAUGCACGCUAUCGUAAAGGCCCAACGUCCUGCUUUGACUACAGUGCCUUAGAAAACACAUCUGAAUGUGGACGGGGUCAUUCUUUGCAGUGCUCUGUGGGACUUCUUCUCUUCCUUCAGCUCAUUCUUCUUCCUCUCUUUCAACUCGUACAUGUGCAAACACUCUGACAUUUUCCAUCUCUUUGGGUUUCGGCUCGGGUCUCCUGAAGGUCAGAUCAGACAGCGGCCGGGACUUCAAUUAUCCACUAACAGGCUCUGCGCAUUAGAAGAAAAACCCCGGCUCAGCUCUUAGAGGUUUUGCCUUACAGCGUAUGCAUUUAGUGGUGUUUCAGGGCUUGAGUGCAAAAUAUAGGGAGGCAAUCUUCAACAUCUGCAGGUUACUGACAGCAAAGAUGACAUAAUUUUACCUUGUUUUGUUUUUUUAGUGUAGCAUCCCAUCAAGCAAACGCUUAAAGUUGAGGAUGCGGCUAAAGAAAACUCUGCAAACAGCUGAUUUAAAAAAAAAAUAUGAAGUAAAUGUCAGUAAAAGUCUGAUUAGAUCAUAAAAUUGCACAUUUUUGCAAAGUGCUGCAUUCCAACUCCAUUGUUUGUAAGUGUAGCAGCAUUUCUGUGUUUUGGAUGGAGCUCAGUUAAUGAAAAUGCUUUAAAAUGGCCCAAAUCUGUUUUAUUCUCCACACUCUUCUGAUGUUCUUCUGAGAUGCUGCUUGUGGUAUUUUUCCGUGCCUGUUUUCAGUUUUUGCACGUGAGUCCUUCUUAGUCUACGUCUGUACCAACAGUACUAGAUGCUUGUUUUUGCAGCGUCAGCUGUGAUGAUCCGAGAGCUUCGGCGCUGCGUUCACUCCAGUGCCCUUCGCUCCACCUCUGACCUUUGCCGGGACAGUUUCAGCAUUGUUGAUUGUGUUUCUGAUCGACUUCCCUAUGCUCUUCUAAGCACGCCUUUUUCUUGGAAUCAAACUAGAGUUUUAGCAGAAUUUGUAAAAGUUGAUAUUUUUCCCCCAAAACUAUUUUUCUCACUGCACUAUUACAAAUAAGAUAAAAAAAAGAAAUCCACAUUGAUGGAAAUGACCAACAAUUCAUGACACAUAUCAGAAAAGAAAUAUAUCCAUUGUAUUUAUUACAAGAUUGUAACAUGUUUGUUGAAUUCUUGGUAUGCUUUUGAAGUGCUUCCAGUUAUUAAGAAGAUUAAAAAAAACACAUUUUGGGGUAAAUCUUUAUAGACUGCUACUUUUAAAAUUGUUGUUUGCAAUAACACCGUCUUUAUUUCAAGUGUUCAUUUAAUGAUCAGAUGUUUUCUAUGUGAUGAUGUCCUCCUGCCCAGAGCAUGUGUUUAUGUGUGACAUCAUUUGACAUAUUAGAUGUUUAAUUGAUAGGACACACUUUUUCUUUCUUGAAUUUGACCUUUGUCGUUAAAUCUGAAUUUCUGCACUUAUGUCUGCUUCAGUGUUUGGAAUGUGAGAGCUCUUGAUGUUUGUGUUUUUUUCUGUCUUUGUUCACCUGAAGCAGUGACUUGCUGUGGAAAAGCAUUUCGGUUAUUGUGUAGGUCCAGCAGGAAUGCUAAAUAAUGAGGCCAAAACAUUGACUUUUUCUCCUUUUUCAUUAUUUAAAAAAACUCCUCCUUUUACAUCA